UUUUAGGUGUUUGUUUACCACCUUGCAAGACAUGUGAAAUAAACGAUUACCGAAUGUGCUCUGCUUGUUUAAAUGACAAACAUGUAAUUUUCAAGGGCCAAUGUCAAGAGAAAUGUCCAGAAGGAUAUUUCAUUGAUUUUCAUGGAGUUUGCCAAAUUUGUCAUCAGAAUUGCAAAGAAUGUUUUGGGAGAGAAGAAAAUCAAUGUUUAUUAUGCUACAACAGCAGAUUACUAAAACAUGGAAGCUGUGUUGAAAAUUGUGGAGAAAGUUAUUUUGUAUUUAACCGAUCAUGUGAAGCAUGUAAUGAAACUUGUAAUGAAUGCUUUAAGAAUAGUUUCAAAUGUAGAGUUUGUCAAAGUGGCUAUUAUUUACAAGACGAUUUCUGCCAAGAAUCUUGCAGUCCAGGAUAUUAUCCAUCAGAAAAUGCUUUUUGUCUUCCUUGUCAUCCUGCAUGUAAAGAAUGUAGAGAUUCACAGCCAACAUCAUGUACUAAAUGUACUUACAAUCAAUUUUUAUUGAAAAGUAUGUGUGUUGAUGUUUGUGGACAAGGAUUUUAUGAAAAUGUUUUAGAAAGAUCCUGUUCAGCAUGCCAUCCAACAUGUCGUUUCUGUGCAAAUGGCCCUACUCCUGAUUUAUGCUUAUCAUGCAACCAUGGCUAUCUGCUCCCUCAUCCAGAAAAUGAAUUUGGCUAUUGUGUUGAAGAAUGUCCAUCAAAUCAUUAUGUUUCAUCUACUGGAGUAUGCAAAGCUUGUCACAAUAAUUGUUUUGAAUGUGAUGGACCAGAAACUGUGGAUUGUAUCAAAUGCAAUAAGGAUUUCAAUAUGAAGGAUGGUGAAUGUGUGAAAACUUGUGGAAACGGGUACUUUGCUAAUAAUGGUGUAUGUCUGCAGUGUCAUGUUUCUUGCAAAACCUGCUAUGGUGCUGGCAUUGAUGAAUGUGUAUCUUGUCCUGAAAAUGUAAAACUUUCCUUUGGAAGUUGCUCUUCAAAAUGUACACCAGGAAAAUAUCUUGACUCAGAUGGAAACUGUAAAGAUUGCCAUUCUAGUUGUUCUUCAUGUAUUCUACACUUUGAGAAGUUACAGCCAAUUUGUAUGCUAUGCAAAGAACCAUCAUAUUUUUCUUUAGGUGAAAGCUGUGUGAAAGAUUGCGGAAUCCAAUUUUUUCAGAAUGAUUUUGGAAGAUGUGAAGCCUGCCAUCAUUCUUGUUUGUCUUGUAAUGCAAAGUCUACCAGAAGUUGCACCAGUUGCAAAGAAGGAAAAGUUUUAACUCAUAAUGGAAGAUGUGUUGAUUAUUGUUAUGAAGGAUAUUUUGAAGUGAAUGGAGAAUGUCUAGCAUGUGAUAUUAACUGCAUACAAUGUAGUUAUGAUGGUGAAUGUCAAAUGUGCAGAGAUGACCUUGUUCUUCAGUUUGGAGAAUGUGUUUCAUCUUGUUAUGAAGAUUAUUAUUUAGAUUAUGGAACAAGAGAAUGUAAAGAAUGUUCUGUAUCCUGUGAAAAAUGUCAAGGACCAACUCCUCAUGAUUGCAUUUCAUGUCUUGGUAAUUUAUUAUUAGAAGAAGGAAGUUGUGUUAUCAGCUGCAAAGAAGGAUUUUAUCAGGAUGGAAAAGAUUGUAAAGUUUGUAGUAAAAACUGUAGAACGUGCACAAAUUAUUUAAAUUGCACUUCUUGUCAUUCACCACUUUCACUUUUGGAUAAUGAAUGUGUUUCAAAUUGUGGAAUUCAAAAAUAUCCUGACAGAAAUAACCAAAUUUGCAAAGAAUGUUCAGAGAAUUGUUAUAGUUGUUUAGAUUUUCAUCAUUGUAGCUACUGUAAAGAAGGAUUUUAUUUGAAACAUAAAAUGUGUGUUCAGAGCUGUGGAACUGGUUAUUUCGUAGAUGAAAAAUUACGGAGCUGUGAAUUGAAUGAGAAAGCACCUAUUCUACUUGUAAAUGAUAUACUGGUUGGUGAAUUUAAUAGUUACAGAGUUGUGGAGUCUACUAUAUUAUCUGCAAUUGAUGAUGACACCGAUCAAAAUUAUUUAAAUGUAAUAUUAAUAACUGAGCCAACAACUGGAAAAUUGAUAUUACAGUCUAACAAUGGAAAUAAGACUAUAUUAAGAACUGGAUCUAUAUUUUUUUAUACGGCUAUACGUGAUAAACAAUUACUAUUUAAACACACAAAACAAGAACCACUAGCAGGUAAUUUUAGUAUCGUGAUAAAUGAUCGGCAGUUGAAUAGCAACAUUGAAGAAAUCUCAAUUAAGAUUGUAUCUCCAUAUCCACCUGUUAUUGAGCAAAUUGAAAUUCCAAUUAUUGAAAAAGGAAAAGAACAAAUAAUUUCAAAUAGAUUCUUAAUUAUAACAGAUGAAGAUAAUUUAAAGGAUAUUAUAAUUAAUAUUGUUGAAGGUCCUCAUUAUGGAAAACUUUUGAAAUUUCCUAGUUAUGAAAAAGUUUCAAAGCUCUCUAUAAAAGAUCUGGAAAAUAAUAAUUUGAUAUAUCAACAUGAUGGAUCCUAUAGUAAUAGAGAUAUGAUGGUUUUACAAGUUUGGGAUGGUUACAAUACCAGAUUAGGAAUUUUUUAUUUUCAGAUAUUUUAUCAGAUUUCAAAUGAAUCAAAUCUACCAAAUCAGUUAGAAAAUCAUACGUUAAAUACUGAAAUAUCCUCUUCUAAUAAUGAAAUGUGGACAGCUACCAUCGCACCAAUAAAUUUAGGGAUUUCAGUAAGUUUGUUUUGAUAUUUGAACUUUAUA